AUGACAACCGUUUCAAAACAGAAAAAAGUGAAAAAUGUGAAGCAAAAGCUGAAGCUUUUUCGUGCCAACGAGCCUCUCAAAAGCGUCUUGAUGUGGGGGAUCAACUAUUCGUUUUCUGCACUGAACCAUGUUAAGCCCCGGGCAAUGCUUUUGAAGGACGAUUUCAAGGCGUAUAUGAAGGUGAAGAUUAACAAUCAUUUAUUCAACAAAGAAAAUAUGCCCAGUCGAUUUAAGUUCAAGGAAUACUGUCCAAUCGUGUUUAAGGCUCUGCGAGCUCGCUUUGGGGUCAAUAAACUGGACUACUGGGACGCAUUCACCGGUCAUCAGCCCCUUUGGGAUAGCGCUCGUGGCAAAUCGGGAUCCAAAUUUCUUGUCACCUACAAUCGACAGUUUGUCGCGAAAACAAUUAGUUCUGAGGAAGUGGAACAAAUGCACAACCUCCUCGAGGAUUACUACGCGUACAUAGUACACUGUCAUGGUCAGACCUUACUGCCUCAGUAUCUAGGCCUAUAUCGGUUGACCGUGAAUGACCAAGAAACAUAUAUUCUAGUGAUGCGGAACGUAUUCAGUCCUCGUCUGACAAUUCAUAAGAAAUACGACCUAAAGUGGUGUAGCCAAUCUAAGUCUAGAAGGGUAUCAUUGAGACGCACCAGUCAGACUUUCCAUGGAGCAGCGCCUCCUGCUGCUCCAAUCCGCACCGGUGAGCCAGAGGAGAUCGAAAGGAGCUACGUGAAGCCAUCGCGUAGCUUCAAUCGUGGGCGGACGUUCUCGCUUGGGUCCGCGGUAGACAGAGAGGCAAAUGAAAAAGAAAAGGCGAAACCAUUACCUACCUUGAAGGAUAAUGAUUUCUUGAACGAAAUAUGUAAAAUCUACAUUGGAGAAGAAGCUAAGUCAAAGCUUCUCAGUCGACUGGAGUCCGAUGUUCAGUUCCUACAAGAAAAUAACCUCAUGGAUUACAGUCUUCUAAUUGGAAUCCAUGAAGUUGAUCGUGCCUCUGAAGCUGCUGCAUCUUCGGAUGAAGCAGGUGGCACCGACCAGGAUGGGGCAGUAGAUGACCGUACCGCGUCUGCUGGCGACGGUCUCGGCUCGCUUACGUCUCAGUGGCAUCUUCGGAGGCUCUCCACCGGUCGGCGCAGUGUGGACCCUUGUGUUGUGGCAUUGGCAGGAAGCCAAACGGGUGACUACCGCAGCGCUGGUGAUGAGGAUGAUGACGACGAGGGUGGCGUAUUUUCGGAUCCUGGAGUCCCAAUCCCUGGUGCCAUAGUCAGCCUCACUCCGCCUGAGAGUCCUCCAGACAACGCACCCUUCUCUUCGUUUUCCGUGGACCAACUUCAUCCAAGUUUUGAGUAUUACGGUAUCACAAGCUCUUCAGGCGCACCUCGUCCAAUGGUCUACUUUGUUGCCAUCAUCGACCUGUUGACCCGUUACGGUAUGCGUAAGCGCACGGCUCAAACUUACAAGACGGUUAAGCACGGAACCAGUACUGAGGUUAGCUCGGUCAAGCCGGAAAUGUACGGCAAACGUUUGUUGGAUUUCAUGUCACAAUGCAUCGACUGA